AUGGAUCAUGGACCGAAGACUGUGGUCGUCGAAGUAGAGCGACGACGACGGAGACCUGCAAUGCAAGGGGAUGAAAUAAAACUACAGAUCAUCAACUGUAUCCGGUCAAAAACGGAGACGUGCGUCUAUGAGAAUCACCACCUGGUGGAGCAACCUCUGGCAGCCGGACAGUCGCCUGGACGCAGCCAAAUCGGCGUCUUCUCUCUCGCAUCUCGCCCUCAAGCACAGUCUCAUCUGGAUUCCAAUCCUAAUGAGGCGUUGGCAAUACGAAAUCACGGCUCAAAUGUAGCAUCGAGAAACACCAUCAGCCCUCUGGCCUCUGGAAGCCAAGAUGACUUGACACUCAGCUUGAGCGCUUCUGAUGAGACCAGGCCUGGGUUUUUCGGUCUGGAUCGAUCUGAAGGUGCGUCAGGGCCUCUGAAUCAGUCUGUGGAUGCAGUUCCCGACUCGGAUUUUCUUGCCAACGCAUCUCACAUUACUGGAGGAGCCAUUCAUUUUCACCGUGACAACAACCCGUCAGAUUCGACCAAUGCUGGACUCAUACGGAGCGUCACGCAUAAGACGCGGUUCUUUGGUCAGAGCCAUUGGAUUAACAUCUUUCAAACGUUCAAAGGCAUGUUCGUCAUGAAUGAGAUACAUCUUUUAGAGAGCAGGUCCAAUGUCUACCCCUUGUUGCUCAAGUGUAAGUCCCUGGCGAGGGUCAUCAAGGCCAAGAGGACCCCUGCCUGGCCGGCCAUACCAACAAGGGAGCUGCCUGAAAGGCAAGUUUGCGACAAGCUCAUUGAUUGCUAUCUGAAGACAACCGAGAACAUAUUCAGGAUUUUGCAUCUGUCAUCCUUCAAGAGGGACUACGAAGAAUUAUGGGAGCCUGGAGCCCAUCCCGACAUAGCGUUCAUUGUUCAUCUCAAGCUCAUAUUGGCCAUUGGCGUAAUGUCUUAUGAUGAUGAACUGUCCAUGCGCACCUCGGCCAUCCGCUGGGUGUACGAAGCCAUGACAUGGGCAGCAGAACCCGAGUUCAAAGCCCGGCUAGGCAUUCAGUUUAUACAAACUCAGAUACUGCUGCUGCUAGCUCGGGAAGCCGUUGGUGUCUCUGGCGACUCGGUCUGGGUGUCAGCAGGGGACGUAGUCAGGAGAGCUAUACACAUGGGCUUGCAUCGAGAUCCGCGCCACCUGCCAAAGCGAUCGCUCUUUGCAAACGAGAUGCACAGAAGGCUGUGGAACACUAUUCUUGAGAUGCUUCUGAGAAUGAGCCUGACGUCAGGCGGCCCUCCGCUCAUUCGCCUUGAAGACUUUGACACAGAGCCCCCCGGCAACUUUGACGACGAGCAACUCAUGAUCGAGGGCUCAGUCGAAAAGCCCGAAAAUGAAUACACAGCCAUGUCCAUUGCGGUAGCUCUUCGAAAGACAUUUGCCGUCCGGCUUAUGGUGGUCGGGUUCGUCAACGACCUCUCCUCGUGUGGGACAUACGAGAAAACACUGGAACUGGAUGCCGAAUUACGGUCAGCUUACAAGACUCUCUGCCGGACGCUUGGAGGAUUCAACCCCCAAUCUGGGAGACCGUGCGGUCCUUCUCCGUUGGACUUGCGCUUCGUGGACUUCAUCAUGCAACGGCACAUAUCGGCUCUCCACACGCCCUAUCUCAUCCCGGCCCUGCGCCAGGCGAAAUACGCCCUGUCCCGCAAACUCGCCGUCGAAGCCGUUCUCAAGACAUGGUCCGCAGUCUACCCUACCUCGGCAAUCAUGGCUCCCCAACUGCGCCAAAACGGCCCCAGCUUACCCCAGGAAGACCUCCUCUCGCGGCUCGCCUGCUCCGGGCCGGGUUUCUACAGAAUCGCCUCGCUGCAAGCAAGCCUUCUCGUCGCCGCCGAACUCGAUAACCAACUCAGAGAGGAGCGGGGCCUCGUCCCUUCGCCCUUCCGAGCAGACCUGCUCUCCGUCAUCCAAGAAUCCAGAGAGUGGUGCCUCCGCUCCAUCAAAGUGGGCGAGACGAAUGUCAAGGGCUACAUGGUCAACUGCAUCAUAGUCGCCCACAUAGAGGGCCACAUGAAGGGCCUUGACCCCAAAGAGAUUCCUCCGUUGUUCCUCAAAGCCGCCGAAGAUUCAGUAGAAGAGUGCCUCGCGAUAUUAGAAGAAAAAGCCGGCCAAAGCCAGGGCGAAGCAGCGGAUCCCAGAGAUGAAUUGGAUGUUGGAAUACGUCCACAGAGCCCAGAUUGGGAUUUCUUGGUAUCAGACGCCAUGUUUGCGUACAACGCGGGCAUGUCAGAACCCAUGACUUGGAUGUUUAGUGAAAGUGUCCGAUAA